AUGCAGAACAACGGCGGCGAGCAGAUAAGGCGCGGUGGAGCGAAGUACUUGCAGCCGAGAGAGAGAGAGCAACAGGGACAUCUCAUCUCCCAGUCGCACUCAUCCACUCGCCGCUCGCUCCCCAACCAGCGAGCAGCAACAAGCAAGCAUCUUCUCUUCUCUGGUGCGGCGCCGUUCGUGGCCAAGACGUAUGGGAUGGUGGACGACCGGGCCACCGACGCCGUCGUCGCAUGGGGGCCGGCCGGCAACAGCUUCGUCGCCGCUGACUCAUUCGCCUUCUCAAAGAUGCUGCUGCCGCCGCACUUCAAGCCCGCCAACUUCUCCCGCUUCGUCCGGCAGCUCAACACCUACGGCUUCCGCAAGGUUGACCCGGACCGCUGGGAGUUCGCGCACGCCUCCUUCCUCCGCGGCCAGACGCACAUCCUCCGCCACAUCGUGCGCCACCAGAGCAACACCAAGCACGGCAAGGGCGACAUUGAGGACGACGACGAGGACAAGAGCAGCAGCAGCGAGAUGCUGGCGAUGGAGGUGGCCCGGCUGAGGAACGAGCAGAGGGCCACGGAGGAGCGUGUGGCGGCCAUGUGGCGCCAGGUGCAGGAGGCGAAGCGCCGGCCCAAGCAGAUGCUCGCCUUCGUCCUCAGGGUCGUCGGUGACCCCGACGUGCUGCACCGCCUCGUGGACAGCUCGGGCAGCGGCCCGGGCGAGGGCGCGGAGGUCAAGAGGCCGCGGCUGCUCCUCGACAGCGACGGCGCGGGGGACGACGGGCUGUCGUACCACCGCAGCGGCAACAACCAGCGCCCGGAGGCGGCCUUGGUGCCGGAGCCGAGCGUGGACCUGUACUUCGCCGGUGGCAACGGGUUCAGCGAUGUGUAG